AUGGAGAUCCCGCCCAGGAGCCCUGACGAGAGCGAGCGGUCGCCGCCGUCCAAGGAGCUGAUCACCAGCCGCACGGGCAGCACCCUGUGCAUCAGCUCCCGCAGCGAGUCCGUGUGGACCAGCGCCCCCAGGAGCAAGUGGGACAUUUACAGAAAGCCCAUCAUCGUGGUGUCCGUGGGAGUGGCCAUCUUCCUCUUCGGGACAGUCAUCACCAGCCUGUCCUGCUUCCUGACCGGGAACACCAACGCUUACAAAAUGUCUGGCCCCGCUUUCCUGUCCCUGGGGCUGAUGCUGCUGGUCUGCGGCCUGGUCUGGAUCCCCAUCAUCCGCAAGAAGCAGAAGCAGAGGCAGAAGUCACAGUUCCUACAGAGCCUCAAAUCCUUCUUCUUCAACCGCUGAGGGCAGCCAGCACCUUCCCAAGAAGG